GUUGUCAGCACGUUGGCCAGUUGGCUUCAAACUCGCAGACCGGGACUGUAUCGCGUUGCUUGUGCAUUUUUCCAAUUACGAAAUAUUUCGUCAUAAUUUAAAAAAAAAAUAAUAACAACAAUAAUAAUCUGCAAUGAAAAUGUAUAGUCCAAAACAUAAUGUAUCUCCAAUAAAAUGAUAAAGAACAUCUAUAGGUAAUCUAUAUACUUACGAAACAGAACUAAACUACACGAUUUCAUCAUGAUUUCAAAUUCAAUCAAAUUACUAAUAUUACAUUUUGGUCUUAUACUGGCAUCUGGAAAUUGGGGCGUACAGGCCAGUUGGGACGAGUGGUGGACGUACGACGGAAUAUCAGGGCCAAAAUAUUGGGGCGUUUUAAACCCACUGUGGAAGUUAUGCUCGAUUGGUAAACGACAAUCUCCGAUCGACAUUGAUCCGGAUAAACUUCUGUUCGAUCCAUUUUUGAAAAAUCUUCACAUCGAUAAAGACAAAGUUAGUGGAACAAUCGAAAACACUGGGCAGUCUUUGGUAUUCAGAGUGGAUAAAGAGUCAAAAUAUGUUUUGAACAUCACCGAAGGUCCUCUGACUUAUCGCUAUCAAUUCCAAGAAUUUUACAUACACUUUGGCACUGAUAAUAAUCUUGGGUCCGAACAUAAAAUCCAGGGUUACUCGUUUCCGGCUGAAAUUCAACUUUAUGGUUACAAUACUGAUCUUUAUUCAAAUAUGUCCGAAGCCCAAAUGAAAUCUCAAGGCAUUGUGGGUGUAUCACUUAUGGUUCAAAUUGGACAAACAACGAAUUCAGAAUUUCAAAUGGUUACCAAUGAGUUCAGUAAACUUUUAUAUAAAGGUUCUCUGCGUACAAUAAAAGACAUAUCCAUCAGAGAGAUGCUUCCGGACAUCAAAUACUACAUGACGUACGAAGGAUCAACCACUCAUCCAGGCUGCUGGGAAACGACUGUGUGGAUAGUGCUGAACAAACCCAUUUACAUAACCAGACGCGAGAUGUACCACUUAAGGAAAUUAUCCCAAGGUUCGGUGGAACACCCAAAAGCCCCAUUAGGAAACAACUCAAGGCCAACACAGGACCUACGCGAACGGACUGUUAGGACGAAUAUUAAUUUCGCGCAGAGAACCGAAGCCGAUCCACAGGGUAAGACUUGCAAGCUGAACAUGCACAAAAACAUGUACUAUAAAGCCAACGAUUGGACAUCGGAUUCUCUGUACCAGAUAUAACUACGUUUUCACCGGUGGUUUUUGAUAUGAUAUGGCUUGCGGUGAUGCCCCAGUCUUGCGUACCGCUUCGUCCGGCUUCCGACAGUUCGACCGGAACAACUCAUUGUCAGCGAUGUUUUCCUCGACACCGAACAACGGACGGUACUGGUCCAGAACCAAACAAAAAAACAUACCGCAAAUUAGAUCAAUAAUAUAUUAUCAUUCCUUCAUAAUAUUUAGUAAAAACUUAUCGUUUUAGUUACUUUUAGUCGCCUCUAUAUUAUAAUAUCAAAUACUAUUAUCGUAAAUAACGACUCAUCUGGCGUUGACGUCGGUGAUGGUGUUAUUGGAGGGGGGGAUAUCAACUUUUAUUUGUUAAAUAUAUUAUUAUUAUAUUAUGAUCAUCGUCGUUUAAAUGCUAUACAAUUUAUAUUUUGUAUUGUUGUUUUAUCGCCGUUCGUAAAUAUUAAUGUACAUAUUAUUAUUAUUAUUAUUAUUAUACAAACGUAUAACAAUUAUUAUUAUGCUACGAUAUUAUAUUAUUAUGUAAAUUGAUUACUAUUUACGAUUUAUGUUGUACGAUAUACAUAUGCAUAUAUAUAUUUAGAAUAGUUUGUAAUAAUAUUGUAACGUCGUAAUAAUAUAUUAAAUUAUUAUUAUUAUCAUUAUUAUUAAUAUAAACCUGUGUGAAACGUUACAGUAAAUACUGUGAAAACUAUCGUAUUGGCGAAAACUAUACUGAAUAGGUACCUACAUUAAAACGCGAUAUUAUAAUAUUAUUAUGUAAAACAUUGCGUAACUGGCGUAAACGCCGGUUUAACUAAAAUAAUAUAUUAUAUUUAAAAGUGUAUACUGUAA